GCCUGCUCGAGGGAGAGGUGUGUGCUCCGGAAGGCCCUGAGGCUGCUUGUUUCUGUAGCUGGAAAACCUUGUGCACCAGUUGAAGAUCAGGAAGAGAACACUGAAUCUCAGGCUAGCAAAGGAGUGCUGCCAAGUUUUCACCAACCAAGCCUGAAAGAAGAAUCUAUUGAAAUUCCUUAUUGGUUUUCAGAAAUGAUGCAUCAGCUUUCUCAAGAUUUGCAAAUUCAAGAAUCUAAAGCUCGAUUGUCUUUUUCAAGUGUACCUUUCUUUUCUGAAACAAGUGUGUCGUUCUUUGCAACUCUUGAGAAUUCAGAAGGUAAACGGGAACCUCAGAAAACUGAAACACCAUCUUUACAGACUCCAUCCUCAGAUAUGCUGCAGGUGGAAGGAAAAGCAAUAGUGAAAGUUAAAUCUCAUGAAGUUCAGAGAGAGCUGCAAGAGGAACACCAUUUACAACAGUCUUCGCCUCUGCUGCCUGCUCAGGCUUCAAAUGUCAAAGGUCAACAUUAUCCAGACAUUCAUCAUCUAUGUACUGCUUUUCCUAGUUUUAUGUUGCCUCCUGAUUUACAAUUGGCUUCUAGAGUCUGUCAUACUUUGGACAGAAGAGGUCACAAUGUGUUAUUUACAGCAGAGGAUCAGGACGAUAAGGAGGAAGAACUGACCUAUUCAAAAUAUAUUUAUUUGAAAGAGCAAGCUGAAAGGAAAAGAAUUUGUUAUGAAGGAGUUCCUAUUUCAGAACAAUUCCAGGAGGAUGGGAUUCAUGUCCUUCCUCCUCAUACCUCAAGAAGUCUAACAGAAUGGCAAAAAAUAGCUGAAUGUUGUCUUAAAAAGCCACAGCUGGAACUGCUAGGAGAGAAAGUUUCCAUUUAUCCAGAAGCUUUAAAAAUGUUUUGGGCUCCUGCUCCACCAAAAUUCUCUGCUCCAAUUUCUUCAAUGAGGGAAAUUUUAUUUCCUAAAUAUGAGAGCAAUGUGAUUGAAGGUGUUGUAUUUGAAGACUUCACUAAUCUUCAGGAAGAUGAAGAGUUAGAACCUGAGGAAGGCGAUCGUUAUUUCUACAGUUAUGAAUUGACAAAAACUGUUCUGAGAAGAUGCCAUUCUUUGCCAGAUUUUUCUGACAGUGAGAAAUCAGAGAUAAGUUUGAUUAAAAGGUCAGUGUCUGCUCCAGAGGGGACUGCUUUCAAAGACGAAACUAUGUUAAAGAUGUCAGCUAAUUUCAAAACCAGCAUGAAAGAGUUGAAGUUUAUGAAGCAACAGAUAGCUGAGCCAGAGGUUGAGACAGAGAUUGGGAAAAGCUCCCCUACCAAGCAUCUAUUGAAUCAAAUCUGUGAUGAUCCUCAAUCAAUGCAGACAAACACACCAAUGGAAAAAAUGCCUACUUCGACUCGACAAGAGGAUAGUGAGAAUGACAUUGUUCUUGCUGAGAGAUCUCAAAAGGCUGGGAUUAAAUACUCUGUUUUCCCAAGAAGAAAGAAAACAAAGAAAUCAAAGAAAAAAAUAGACCCUAGACAAUUAGAAGCUGUGAUUAAGAAAUUAAGUCAACCCCCAAGGAUUCUUAAAAGGUCUGUGUCCCUGGGAAGACUCCCUACUCAUGACAAAUUCAGUAUCAAGGUAUCUUCAGCAGUCAGACAAUAUUGUAGCCCCAGUAUCCCUUGUUUGUUAGAUUUUGAAAAGUUCGCAAAAGUGAGGGGUGGAAUUCCAAAAGAAACUUCUGCUCGCAGAUGGGUCAGUGGAAUAUGGAACUGCUGGUUUGAUGAAACUUUCCCUCCUAGUAGGACUGAUUUUGAGGAGAAGAAUAUUAAGUUACUAGAAGGAACUAAGGUGGACUUACAAGAAGCAGAUCUACAAAUAGGACUGGUUGACUCAGUACGUCCUGUUCUGCUUGAAGAUGCAACAGUUAGUAUUGGAGAUUUAAAAGAAGAAGUAAGACGACUGACAGUGCUAAUAGAAAAGGAAGAGCAACCUUUGGCUUUUCAUUAUUGUAGACGUGGAGCAAUACAAAGAAAGUUAGGCAAGUUAAAGUCAGCUAUGGAUGACUUGGAGAAGGCUAUAAGCUUAGAACCACUACUACUUGAUGCUUACUGGCACAGACAUUUGAUUUACCUCUUUCAAGAUAGAAUGUCCGCUGCUCUGGAUGACCUAAAUUUCAUAAGUAAAUGGAGCAAAAAUAAAGCAGAUACAUACCUGUCAAAGGCUGAAAUUUACAAAAAACUGGGGGAUUAUACAUUGGCAAUCAUCAAUUAUAGUUCAGCAAUACAAUGCAGCCCUGCAGAUGAUGAUAUUUAUUUCAGGAGAGCUGAGCUGUAUUUUGAGGAAAAUAAUUUAUUAUUGGCCAUGGAUGAUUACACCAAAUGUUUUCAGUGUAACUCAAAAAGAACGGAUGCACUUAUGAAACGUGGAAUACAUUUCUUUAACCGUUCAGUUUUGACUACAGCUAUUCAGGAUUUUACUGCUGUGAUCAGGGAAGACCCUAUCAAUGCUCAGGCGAGGCUAUAUCGAGGAAGAGCAUAUGCUAAACAGCGGCAGUAUAGAAAUGCAAUACAAGACUUAGCAGCAGCACUUCAUCUAGACCCUUUCUGUUGGUUAGCAUUCUACUAUAGAGGAUGCAUACUACGACAGAUUGAUCCAAAGAGAGCUGUGCAGGACUUCAGUGUUUCUGUGCUCAUCAAUGACACUCAGGAAAAUUUUUGUUCUUUUCUUCAUCGUGGGAUCAUUUAUUCAGAACAGUGUCAAUGGUCACUUGCAAUCUGUGACUUUGAAAGUGUCCUAGCAUUGGACAGGUCUAUCGUCUUUGCUUACUUAAAUAUUGGUCUGAUACUGCUGUUGUAUCUGGAUCGAUACUAUGAAGCUAUUCGGCAGUUUACUAAGGCCAUUGAAAUUGAUCCUCUCAAUGUUCGAGCCUAUGUAUGUAGAGCUCAAGCAUAUCAUAAGGUUCAUAAUUUACCAAAUGCUGUGAAGGAUAUAAAUCGAGCCAUUCGUCUUUAUCCAAAUAAAUCACAACUAUGCAUAUUAAGGGGACAGUAUUUAAUGGAAAUGAAGAAAUACGAGCUAGCAAGUUUAUGUAUUCACCAAGUCGCAGAAAUGGAUGAAGGAUCCUUCAAGUCUCAGCCUGUUCAGCAAGCACUCAUUCAGUCAUUUUGUCAAAAUCACAAUAAAGCCAUAGAGUCCUUACGUGAAGUUAUUGCAGUUCAGCCUGAGCCUUCAAUGUUUGUUCUCCUAGGAAAAAUACAAAUGAAAGCGAAGAAAACUAAGGAUGCUCUGGAAAGUUUUAAACAAGCUAUAAACCUCCUGAUCACCUCAGCAAGAACCCUACCUAAUACAUUUGAAGCUGCAGAAAUGUAUUAUCUUAUAGGCCUGUGUUAUAUGGAGCAAGUAAAGUUAUUGCAGGCCUGUGAUGCUUUUAGCAUGGCUAUUAAACUACAUUCAAGUUAUCCUGAUGCCUUCUAUCAACGAGGGCUGUGUAGAAUGCAGCUCAGACAAGCUAAGUGCAUCCGAGAUUUCAAUCGAACACUUGCGCUUUGUCCGUCACAUUUCCAGGCAUAUAUGAGUCGUGCUGCUUACUAUGGAGGGAAAGGCAGAUACUCUAAGGCAAUUCUGAAUUGUAAUGAGGCUAUCAAAAUUCAUCCUAACAGUGUGAGAGCUUAUUUUUAUCGAGGAACUUUAAAGUAUCACAAUAAGACAUAUAAAUUUGCAAUUGAAGAUCUUUCCAAAACUAUUGACUUCAACAAAUCCUGCAUUUUGGCAUAUUAUAACAGAGCAGUCUGUUAUCAGCAAAUAAAGGAUUUCAGAAAGGCUUUGAAAGAUUAUGGAAUUCUUCUUCUGCUUGAAUUGAGUAAGGAAAUAAUUUUUAAAGUGUUAAUUAAUCGUGGACUGCUCUACGUGGAACUUGGUGAUUAUGCUAAUGCAUGUGAGGACUUCAAAGCAGCAACAUUGCAUAGUCCAGAUGAUAGCCAGAUCUUUCAAGCUAUUGGAAUCUGCUAUCACAGACUUAAUGAGUUUGAAGAAGCUGUGAGAUCAUUUAACCAGGUUCUCAAAUUAGAUCCCAUUUCUGCGGAUGCCUAUGUUGGAAGAGGAAAUUCGUACAUGGAAAAUGGACGUAAGGCUGAUCAUAAACAAGCACAGAAAGACUUCUUGAAAGCACUUCACUUGAAUCCGAAGUGUGUGAAAGCCAGAAUUUGCUUAGGAUACAACUUGCAGACCCUUGGAAAGUUUCAAAAAGCUUGGAACCAAUUUACAAUUGCUAUUGGCAUUGAUCCAAAAUGCCAUGCUGCAUAUGACGGACGAGCUUCAGUCUGUCUUCAGAUGGGCGAAACUUUUGCUGCACUUCAAGACACAAAUGCUGCAUUAAAGCUCACUACCACUGCUCCACUGCUAACAAAUCGAGGUGUUGUUAAUCAGUUUAUGGGACACCUAUCCUGUGCCAUGAGGGACUACCAACAAGCAAUUUCUGUUGACUCUGACUAUGCCUUAGCCUAUUUCAAUGCAGGAAAUAUCUACUUCCAUAACCGACAGUUUUCACAGGCUUAUUGCUAUUAUUCCAAGGCAUUACAACUUGAUCCAAGGAAUGAAUCUGCUGUUACGAAUCGUGCUAUUACAAAUAUGUUAUUAAAAAAUAUUACAGAAGCAAAAGAAGACUUUGAGAAGGCAGUUUGCCUCUGUCCAUUCUCUGCAGCAGUGUAUUUUAACAGGGCAAAUUUCUAUAAUAUAUUAAAGCAAUAUGAGCUAGCUGAGAAAGACAUUUCAACAGCAUUGUCAAUUCAGCCCAAUGAUGCCUUGAUGUAUAAAUUUAGAGCUGAUAUUCGUGGUAAACUGGGUUUCAUUAAAGAAGCUAUAGAUGACUACAAACAAGCAAUCAACAUUCAAGAACGGAUUAAUUCUAUGUGAAAAGAUGACAGUUCUAAUACUAUGUGGGUUCUGUUUACAGAUUUCUGAGAUUUGCAGUUAAAAAGAUUUUCUUCCCUGUAAGAAAAAUUAAUAAUCUUUCUUUAUUCUCAUAUAUUCUAUACACAUUUUAUUUUCCUAAAUAAUAUAAUUAUGCCAAUUCGAUACAAAACUGCACAGAGUUAUUUAAGAAUAGAGUGCUGCAUUUAAUUUCUAUGCGCGUUAGGUCAUUCUUUAUUUGUUGGGGCCAAGAGAAAAUUGAUUGUGUCAUGUGGAAAAUGAAGGAGAGAGGAGAGGAAUUUAUAAGCAAAAGGCCUCAACCAUUCUGGUUAUAAAAGAUGAAAUCUCCCUAAAUACAAAUGCUUACAGUGAUGGUAGUUGAUCGGUAUAUAUCAUCUGGACCGUCUGGGAAGUAACGGUUCUAAGAUGGCUGCCAAAUGCCUGUGACCGCCAACCAGGUCUCACUUUCAUCCUGACCCUGCUUCUACACCUCUUCACAAGAUUUCCUGUUCCAUCCCACUCAUAUCAUAGAGCAAAACCAUUGUUCAAGGUGUAUUUUUUGCAGUGUGCGGGAACUACUCCAGCAACUGAAAUUUGAGAAGCACAUGCUUUGGUUUGUGAGUAAAAAGAUUAAGUUAUUUGUUUCCUCUUACAUAUAUAUUAUACUUUGUCAGUUUGAUGGGCAGGUGAAAAUGUAUAAAGGAUCGAUCAGUUUUGUGUUUUAAGCUGCAGGAAUGAGCUUGAGGAACAAGUUUUGUUUGACUUUGUAAUGGUAACUCAUCUAAACCUGGAGACUGAAAUGUGAAUGCGUGUGACUAAAAUUAAAAAUAAAAAUCAGUCCUUAUCCAUGUAUUUAAUUAAAACCACCAAAUGUGGCAUAGCUCUAGUUGUAACAUACAGUUGUUACCUUGUUUUUAGCCAAGUCCUCACAUAGUAUGAUAGGAUAGCACAAGGAUGAAGCAAAAUAGAUGUCUUUAUGUCUCAGAAAAGGGAAGAGGAAGGAAUCUUAAGUUCUCAUGCAGAAUGGGAAAAGUCCUGUGGUUUCAGAAGAUGGGAAGAUUUUUACAGGUACAAAUGGCACUUCAGUGCCUAAUCCCAGUGAUAUAGGAAUUAGACGUGUAACCUCUGUUUAGGUGUAGAUGUGAAAUCUUAAAAAUUUUCUUUUUGAAAGGGUAAAAAGGACAAGGUGAGGGGGACCUUCAGAACAAUAAAGCUAACACACACUGAUCUGUGCCUGUAACAGCAUAAUCUUCUGUAUGUGUAAUAAUCCCUAGAUAGCAGAGAGUAAUUUGCAAUAGAAUCAGAAGCAAAUAAUCUAAUUCAUAUGAAAUGAUUA